UGCCCAUCACAAAGCGCUGUGCCUGUGCUGCCGCUGCAGCUGCGUUUAACACAUAAUUUCGUGCAAGGUUGCGAAUUUUUAUUUUAAGUAUUUGUUUUUGUGAUAGUGUUGCAGUGCCAGCGCCAUGUUAACGUUAUUGCUGUGCAUAUAAUAAACCGAAUCUUGAAGAAAACGCCCAGCAGCUGCAGCAGUAGUCAAAAAGUAAAUAAAGUAAAGAAAAAUCCGGAUCUAAACAAACUGCAAGCUGCAUUUGGACGGCGUUUUCGGCAUUCACAAUGACACCAUUUGAUGAUUUCGUCUACUUAAUAAAUCACGUGCUGCUUGGCGAAGAGCCGACCAUCGAGGAUUUCAUAUUGCUUGUUGGCACACUGGUGGCCUUCAUAGCGUUCAUACUCUGGUGUUGUUUUCCCAUACAGCCAAAGGAACCGGGCCAACAUCGUCAAUUUACGUGUAAAAUCAUACAGAAUCACAUCAAGGCAUUCGAUGCGGCAACCAGUAAUGACAAUGGCAAUGCUACUGCGACUGCGACUGCGACUGCAACUGCAAGCAGCAGUAACGGGAUUAACGGCAGCGCCAGCUUCUUAAAUGGCGGCGGCAACCCAAGCACACAAUACAAUGGCGGCGGCGGCAGUUACAGCAAAAACGGCACCGUUGCCAUGCACAACUAUUACGUUAAAAACGGACACCACUGUUGCACCUAAUUGAGUGUGUGGCCCAAUGAAUUAUGGAACUUAACCAGGCCCAAGGCACUGGCAUCAAAGCUUCGACCAAGUCAACAAGAAAAUUUUCAAAAUUGUUAGCCAAUUCUCAUUUCAAAUUAUUCAACUUGCGUUUGUUCCUUUCUCUAAAUCUAACACACUCUCAUUUUAAAUCGGCAAAAACUUUUCUCAGUGUACUAGAAAUGUGUGUAGAAAUUGUGCCAAUUGGUUGUUCAAGACGCAGCUAAAAGCUAUAAAAAGCGUACUGAACGUUGCCCUAACCCCCUCCGGGCAAAGAACCCCCCUCCCAUCCACCUACACCUCCGCCACACACUGUUUAAACAUGUUGUUUGUAUAUGUAAUUCGCAGGCACAUUUGAAUUGUAAUUGCUCAGACUGAUUUGUACAUGGGCUUAAAAUGCAUUAUAUGUAUUUCCCCCCCUUGUGAACGAAAUGUUAGGCGUUCGUGUUGGGCGCAAGUUUUGAAAACUUCUCUAAUUUAGUACGUAUUGUAUCGCAUUCGAAUACCAAAAUGACAGACAUAAGCAUGUUAAAGAAAGCAGACGAAAAAGCGACAAAAUGAAACCAAGCAACUAUUUAUAAGUAUUUAUUAUGAUGAAAGACAAGAACUAAUUGCAUAUUUAUACGCAUGUUAAUAUUACAACAAUCGCUAACGAUCCCCAGACGAUUUGCCCGCAUAAAGCGCAAAAAACUAAACAAAAAAAAAAAAAAACAAUUAUCAAGUCGCCGGCUUUAUGGAGGGCGAGCAGCUACAGUGCUGGCUAUUUGAUUAGAAACAUUUGUGGAUUAUUUGUUUUAUGUCUGUAAGAUAUACUCACACACACACACACACACACACGCGCACUGUCAUACAAAUUGACAAGCAUAGUUAAAAUUGCUGUUUGAAUAAGUUGUCAUACAAAUUGUUUGGUAUUUCAUUUCUCUCAGUGUAUACACCUAAGAUACUUAUAUGUAUAUGUAUGUUUGAUCUCAUUUAGCAACUUAUUUAUGUGAUGAAACUUUAAUGAAUUUCUCCAAUCCGAAGGGUUAUUAAACAAAAACAACAACAAA